GCGCGAAUCUCUUGAAAAAAUACCCGCCAGCGGUAGCGCUCGAGCACAGAGCGGCGGGAGGCGCGGGACAUCAAAGCCAAACUGGUUACAAAGUAACAGUCGCGGCUCGUCAUCAAAGUCGCUGCGGGAAGCAAUAGAACGCGGAGCGUGCAGCCAGCGGGCCUUUCCCGCGAGUCCGCGUGCUUGCUGAACUAAAACCAAAGACAAACGCGGGGAAAAGAGGAACUGACGCGCGCUCUCGGUCAUCACGUUCAGUUUCUGCGGCUGUUGCAUUCUCGUGCUGCCAUGCACAUAUAUGCCGCAUAGAAAGAGUCCAGACGCGGAUUACACCCUACAGGCUGCGAACAGUUGCUCCAGAACAGGAACGAGAGUUUGACAUCCUGUGUGUUUUCAACGACAUGGGAAAAAGACCCUCAUCUGUCCAGUAAGAAGAAUGUUUCCGUUGCACAGAGAGAGGGAACAGCCCAUCUUCAGCACUCGAGCUCAUGUGUUCCAGAUCGAUCCCGCCACCAAACGCAACUGGAUCCCGGCCAGCAAGCAUGCGGUCACCGUCUCCUUCUUCUACGACGCUAACAGACACGCCUACCGCAUCAUCAGUGUGGGCGGGACCAAGGCGAUCAUCAACAGCACGAUCAGCCACAACAUGACGUUCACCAAGACGUCUCAGAAGUUCGGUCAGUGGGCGGACAGUAGAGCAAACACCGUGUACGGCCUCGGGUUCGCCACAGAGCAGCAGCUGCACCAGUUUGCCGAGCGUUUUAAAGAGGUGAGGGAAGCUGCACGUCUGGCCAGAGAGAAAUCACAGGACAAGAUGGAGCUGAACACCACAGCUCUCAGCAUCGCCGCGCCUCAGUUCUCUCAGGACUUGUGUGACGAGCUGCAGUCUCCUCCAGCGAUGUGUGUGAACGGACCGGAGGACAAGCUCUUCCGGAGCCAGAGCGCUGACAUUACUCUGUCCUCGGAGAAGGAGCGCAUCAAGAAGAUGCUCUCAGAGGGCUCGAUCUGUGAGAUGAAUCUGGAGUCCGAGCUCUUCACCUUACAGGACAGUAAUGCUAAACUGGUGGCCGCGCUGCAUGAGGCUAAUGCUAACGUGGAGCAGUGGAAGAAACAGCUGGCGGCGUAUCAGGAGGAGACGGAGAGAUUACGAGAUCAGGUGGCGGAUCUGGAGGUUCAUGGCAGUCAGGGACCCAGCGACAUGCUGAAAGAUGAGCUCACCCAAUCCCUGGAGGAGCUGGAGAACCUGCUGAAGGCAAAGGACGAGGAGAUCCGUAUUCUCCAGAGUAAGAAGUCCAACUUCCACGAGCUGGAGCAGGAGAGAGAAGAAGCCAUUCACAGACUACAGGUGGUGGAGGACAUCACAACAGAGCUGGAGAUGCGUAACGUGGAUCUGGAGCGGCGCGUGCAGAACGCCGAACAGAACCUGGCGUCUGCGCUGGAGGACCGAGAGCGCGCUGAGAACGAGGUGCAGAGGGUCGUCCAGAUCCUCGACGUCAAGAUCUUCGACCUCAACGACCUUCGGCAGAGUCUGGUCAAGCUGAUCAGUAAAUAGAUGCUCGCUCUCCCUGCUCUUUCCUUUCGUCUUGGGUUUGCACUGAAAGCUCUUUCUGUUCCAGUCUAGCAGUGACUUCAGCGGUGUUACGAUGGUAGAACGAGAACGGUGUUGUUACAGUAGGGUGAAGCUUGAGGGGAGGUGUAUUUUUGAUACACUCUCUGUCAGAAACACUAGUGCUGUGUGACGGCUUUACAGAAUCUCAAGGUUUUUUUUUUUUUUGGUUUUUUUAAACCAUGCAUCGUGAACAAUAGGGCUUGGAAAAAUCGAUUCACAAAUGCAUCACAAUUCUUUCUCAAAUUAUUCUGGAUUGAUUUAUUAAACAGUAUUUACUGAAAUUUUAUUUAUUUAAUUUUAAUUAUUUUAAUUUGGUUGUAUUUUUUCACAUCUGCGUUUAAUUACUUUAA